AAGUUGAACGCGGAAAUAGAGUUGGAUCUGUACUGCGCUGUGCGAUACGUGAACCAUGGCAGCUCCAAGUAGAAAACAAGUGCUUAAAUUUCUAUGUCAAUUUGGGGCGUUUAUAUUAACCCGGUUCGGGUUCUGGAACUGCUUCAGUAUGUUAAUGCUCUUUGCCGAGCGGGCUGAUGCGAAAAGAAAGCCUGACAUCCAGGUGCCGUACCUGUACGUGGACAUGGGGGCAGCGGUGCUCUGUGCCAGCUUCAUGUCCUUCGGGGUGAAGCGGAGGUGGUUCGCCCUGGCCGCCGCCAUGCAGCUGGCCGUCAGCACCUAUGCGUCUUACAUCGGAGAGCAGGUGCACUACGGCGACUGGCUCAAGGUACGGAUGUACUCCAGAUCCCUGGCCGUCGUCGGGGGCUUCCUGGUCCUGGCUAGCGGCGCGGGGGAGGUGUACCGGCAGAAGCACCGCACCCGCUCCCUGCAGUCCACGGGACAAGUCUUCAUCGGGGUCUACCUCAUCUGUAUGGUGUACUCGCUCCAGCACAGCAAGGAGGACCGGCAGGUCUUCCUGAGCCACAUCCCGGGCGGCGAGGUGACCCUGAUGCUGAUGGUGCUGCUCUUCGGAGUGCUGGCCCUGGCCUUCCUCUCGGGCUGGUACAUCCGGCUGGCGGCGCAGGUCCUGGCCACUGUCCUGCCCCUCGUCAUCCUCUUCAUCGACGGCAACAUGGGCUACUGGCACCACACGCGCAAGGUGGAGUUCUGGAACCAGAUGAAGCUGAUCGGCCACAACGUGGGGAUCUUUGGCGCCGUGCUCAUCCUGGCCACCGACGGAUGAGUCGACCUUUCCUCUGGUUGUUUAGAGGGAUGGUGUUCUGUUUGCCGUGAUGACAGCCCGACAGAGACACUCGAAGAACCUGCUCACGGGAUGGGGUGGAACUGUUUGCUUUUUUGUUUUGUGAGGCCGUCCGUCUUUAAGCUCGAGCUACCCUUCUGUCGACGGUCAAUAAGAAUUCCCAACACACACAAACACACAUUCACACACACACACAUUCACACACACACACACACACACACACACACACACACACACACACACACACACACACACACACACACACACACACACACACACACACACACACACACACACACACACACACACACACACACACUAGCAUUUGCAGCGUGGCGGUGUUGGGUUGCUUGCAGUGUACGCCACAGUCUCUUGCCUGUUGCUGUUCCAAGGAACCAAAAAUUGUCCAUCCUCAUUUUUUUAUGGGAUUUAUUUAUUUGAAUUUUCUAAGUUAUAAAGUCACGUUUACAGUAGGUCUUUUUUUACGGUCGUACUCUGAGUCCUGAUGAAAUGAGCUUUAACGAUGUUAUGAUAACUUACUGUUAUAGUGUUGGAUUGGGGCCACAGAGGGAAAGGUUUAAAUCCAUGUGGGGAAUUUUCUAUGAAAGGGGAAGGCUGCAGUACAAAACCAUAUAGCAUUGAACUGUAUUGUGUUGCUUUUGUAAAUGUCAUUGUAAACAUGUUUCUCAUGAAUGUAUCUUUCAUUCAAUUUAAUAAACUUGCCCAGCUUUUGUAAUA